ACGUUGAAUUAUGUGCGGAGGUUGUGCAAUAUUGAACUGUGACUGUUGCGUAAUUACGCAACAAGAAAGAAAGGAAGGAAAGAGAUGUUCUUACGACACACUAAGAGAGGUGGGUCGUAACACAGGACUUAUACAUCUGAUAAUCUAUUUGUAUUUUAAGGUGAUUUUAUUGAAUUAUAAAAUUAAUAAAUAAAACAAGUUGUAGUUAUUUUUGUUUCAAAAAUCGUGUUCACAAAUUCAUUUUUCUAAUUAUUCAGCUUUGAAGAAAUGUGGAUCUAUUUUGUGUAUUAAUUUUUACUAUAAGUAGUCAAUAUAACCACCAUUUUUGACUUUCUGUACAUUUUUUUCCUAAGUUAACCGGAAUAAACAAACCACAAUUAUUAGAACUCCGGUAGUGUAAGGUUUUUUUUGUGAAUAUGCACACGAAUGAGUCUAGAAUCAUUUUCAUUAUUAUUUGAUUUAAUAAAAAGAAAUUUAGUAACGAGAACGUUAUCCUUCUAGGUGAAACAUGUUUCUAUACACGUGAUAUUGUGCUCUAUGAUGUUCUUGAAUUAUGCAGAUCAAAACAACAUUUUUGUGUUUUACGAAAACAUUCCAUAGGAUCUUCUCUCUAUAAUUGUAAAGAAAGUGAAAUUUUCUGUUAUUGAUGACAGUUUAUCGUACACUUAUAUAAGCACUAUGUCCUUCUUAAAUAAUUUUCAUAUUUUGCCAAUGAAGUAGUAUAAAGCUGUGUUUCUACAACAUCUAUGUCUAAAUUAAUUUCUUUUAUCGUUUGUUAACUCCUCCCACUGAAUACCAAGGCCAGAGGAGAUACAGUUAUAUACUUGAACGCAUAAGAAAAUUGACUUAUUUCUAUGGCUUCUUCCUGAAGCAAUCAUCUUAGAACUUUUAUAUAGCUGAAGUAAUCAUUUUGAUUUUAUGGAGGAAUUGAAGUAAUCGUGUCAUUUUGAUGUGAAAGAUAAAGUAAUCGUCUUAAUACAUGAACUACUAGUAGCUUAUACUUUAUAGUGCGAAACUCUCUGUUGGCGAACAUUGUUAAUAAAAAAGUAGAGGAGCAUAUGAGAAAGAAUAAAACAUAUUUUGCGCAAUGCACUUUGUGAAAUAUGUUGACCUAUACUUUAUACAAUAUGCAAUAUAGAGUAUCAACGUUGAAUACAAGUAAUACUCAUCGUUUAGACGCAGGCGUUUUUUUUCUAUACAUGGUAGCCUCGAAUUUGAUCACCGUACGUGAUCAAAUUCGAACUCAAAAAUGUGAACUGAUGAUCAUCUGAAAAUAGAAUGGCAUGUCUGCUCGUUUUUUUUGUCGAUUAAUCGUUGCAUAAUUACUCGUUGCUUUUCUUUCUUUGUCUCAUAUCUGAUUAUUAUUAUGUAUAAUCAUCUCAUUUUGCCUUUUUCGUAUUUGGCACUACGAAGGUUUUCCUGGAAAAACGUAUUGCUCGAAAAGAAGACUUUUGUUAAGUCAUUUGUUGUUCACUCACAUCUGUUUCGUUUGAUUAUUAUUAGUUAUUGGUGUUGGAAGAGAUGGCUAACCAAAAAGAUUUGCUUGACAAGAUGUCGAAAGAGAUUGAUCGAGCAGAAGAGGCGUAUGGAAUUGCUCAGGUUGGUUUAUCCGACUUUGAUGCAAAGGACAAAGUCGAGAAGAAAAAAGAAAUGGAAAGACAUGUCGAUGAAACAAUUAAUAACGUCGCACAUGGGACCAAUAUCAAUUCGGGAUCGACUUAG